AUGUCUACGGAAGCAGAGGAUGAUCAACUACUGGCGGAGGCAGUAGCCACGAAUAAAACCAGUGAUACGGAAUUGGCAAGUCCGUUAGGUGUGGCUUCUAGCGGCGAUGGGAUCAACACAUUGUUUCGAUUCUCUCAUGCAACAUCGGAGAAGGUCGCCACCGGAUGCGCUACGGAUUGGAUGUCUGAUAGAUUAUUAGCAGUUGCCCAAGGGCUCAAGACAAUUGUACCGAAAGGAACAUGGGAGAGCUUAGGCAGCGAAGAGGAGGUUAUUGAAGAGAAUGGCUAUAAUGUGAAGAAACGGCCUCAGGUUCGUGUAGCAUUUGAAGUGCGACGAGACAUUCUUCUGCAUCAACGCCUCGGAAAUGCUAAUUACUUGACAAAGGAGGCAAGUGAAGACAGUCGCGACCAACGUGGAACUGUAAAUGCGCUGUAUGAAAUUAUGAGGGAUGAAGUGGAUGCAAGUGUUCAGGCAGUGGCACCGGUGAUGGACCGACCUUCGCAAACACCCUUUUCCCGCAAGGUUGAUGCUACUGUUCAGGCGGAACCGACGCUGGUGGAUAUGUGCAUCCGUGGUACACCAUUGCCGCCAGUAGACAUGUCAGCUAUGAGGGGAUUCUUUUCAAAGGUUCUCCCACGCACGUUACACUGCCUUCUGCAAAACUACGAGAUUCCCAUCUACCAGGAUGAUUUUGCUAUGUUUUCCGAGGAUUACGCUAUUGUCGGUUCUCGUGACGAUAUUGUGCUUAUUGAGAGGGGUAACUACACUCACACCACCAUGAAGGACUUGCGCGUGUCUUCCAUAAGCUGGCGCAGCUCUAGAAGUAAAGAUGAUGUUGUGUGCAUAGCGUCAGUUGCACGGCACAACCUUGAGCAACGCAUCGAGGCUGAAAAAUUAUGCGAAACUGUCACCAACCUUGUGUGGGACUUCGCAGACCCCAUGCAUCCCUAUGCACUACUCGAAGCUCCUGUUGAAAUACAGGUCGUGCGCUUUAACCCAUUGAGAACAAAUCUAAUUGCGGGUGGAGCAAUGAAUGGGCAACUAUUCCUAUGGGAUCUUGACAAAAUUUCGGGUUCAGCUGCGGGUACAAGGUCUCCAAAGGACCGGACACUCGACCCAACUGCAGCAGCCCGCGCGGAGCACGGUCCCAAAGAUAUUCCUCCAAUGCCGAUGAACGUAAAAGGUGUAACCAUGAGGCGUGAUGGAGAUGUUCUGGUACCUCAUUUGCAACCAUGCCAGGCUUCACGCAUGGAGCUAUCACACCGUCGGGCUGUGCACGACAUCCAAUGGCUUCCUAACGGUUUAGAAUGUGCCUUUGGUGGAAAGCAAACGGUGACUCAAGAGGGGCGACAGUUUGUGUCCUUGAGUGAUGACGGCUAUAUGUGUGUGUGGGAUAUCCGUCCCGAAUACCUUCCUGCUGAUAAACUCCGAAAGAUGAAGCACCAAGGUCGUAUUGGCGGUGAGGAUUUUCCAUGGGUGCCACUCCUCCGUUUCCAAAUGUCGAAACCGGGUGGUGGUGGGGAUGUUGCGGGUUUCCGCUUCCAUGUCGACGGUUUGCAGGCUUCGGAAACACCUUCCUAUCGUGCAUGCUGUGGAAGUUUGCACGGUGAGAUUGCUGUCUGCAGUAUGUUAGUGCCUGACGAACGACGUGAUUUUUCUGCCGGUUCAGAGGAUGUUCGUGUCGUGCAGCAGCUGCUCCGUGGGCAUGCUGGCCCCGUGUACAGUAUACAGCGCCAUCCUACGAUCAGUGACGUCUACCUGACAUGUGGGGAUGUGCAGUUCAAAAUAUGGCGUGUGGGAACUGAAUUCCCCAUUCUAACAUCGCCGCAACAUGACACAGCCAUAACGUGUGCGCGCUGGUCGCCCACACGUGUGAGUGUUCUCGUCGUUGGUACUGCCGACGGUAAGAUAUUGGUGUGGGAUUUGCUCGAUAGAAACAGUGAACCUCUGCUUGUUCACCAGCUGGUGCAGGAUGCCAUCACUGUUAUUAAUUUUAAACCGGCCCCGGCGUCAGUUCCGGCCACUUAUGUUCAAUACGUUGCCAUCGGCACGAGUGUAGGUUCCUUCCAUUGGUACGCCCUGCCAAAGGUGUUGUCACGCGGUCCGAGCGGGGAGCAACGGCAUUUCCGGGCGGUGCUCGAACGUGAGGUGCGGCGCGUGCUUUUCUUCCAGUGGCGUUGGUCCGAGAGGAACCGUGAGCGAGACCGUUACGGCCACGCGGCGCCGAAGAUGAGAGACCGGGACCACGAAACCCCAGCUGCCAUCACCGCCGACAGCAACUGGGGAAAUGAAGACAACUAUUACGCCUACGAUCAUCACAGGGACGCAGAAUUCCUGGCAAAGGUUGAAGCCUUCAGGCCGGAGGAAGAUACCAUGUCCCUGAGCGAACUUGACGGCGACGGUGCGGAUACACGGGCCUCACCAAUUUGA